GGCCCGUGAGACUUUUCUGAAUCAUAUGGGGGAUCCGUGACCUGGCCAUGUCCCAUUUCUUCGGCUUGGAGAAGGCCAAACAAGAGGUCUUACAAAAGUACUUCGCAUUGACGCAGGCCGCCAGCGACCACCUUGCCCGCGAGGUCGAAGCGGUGACAAGGAUUCAAAGUGUCUAUCGCGCCUCCAAGAUCCGCAGAAGCUGGCAUGCCGUCGUGGGCGCCACGCUCAUGAUUCAGCGCGCGGUGCGCGGCUGGUCUGGCAGACGAAAAGCCCGCAGCCUGCGAUUCCAGCGUCAGAGGCAGUGCCACUCCCACUUUUUCCACCAAUCUGCUGUCGUUAUUCAGCGGACCUUUCGAGGCUGUUGGAGCAGGAGGCUCUUGCACGACUUCUAUGGGCGAAAGAGGUAUCUUCAAAAAUGUGCGAAGCGCGGCGAAUGGACACGGACGUACCUCACUCAAGAACACCAGGAAAAGUUAGCGGUCGCCAAGAUGGAGGAGGAGCAGCACAUGAAGCAGGAAUUCUGCACCGUUGCUGGCGAGAUCCAUCACUUGGUCAGCACGAAGAGCAUCCCAGGUGUCUACAACCCGCCCUACAACGACCACCUGCCACGCGCUUUCGACAAGCCCAUUGAGCAGCACUUGCGCGAGUCCUUGCGCGUCCAGCUCCCAAGGUCUCUGCGGAGGCCUCAGGUGUCAAGAAGAGCUGCACAGACUGCUGGCGCUCGCUUCGGAGUUUCGCAGCGGAACAUGAUGGCAGAUGCCAUGACUGGACCACCACAAGAUCUGCCCGAUCGGGCGCCUUGUGCUUUCAGGACCGCCAGCACUGGGCGGUUGCAGAAGGUGCAGGGCCCCUUCAGGUCCAGGGAGCAGAUCGAGGUGGCCAACGUCAAGGCAGCCAACCUCUACAAGUCAGUCCAGGCCUCUACACCUUAUGAUGCAGAAGUUCGAGAUCGAAAGAUGCAGAACAGGCUGGCGAAGCUCAUCCGCGCGUCGCCGGACGACUUCAAGGCACCGGGGCGGCCUGCGGAGCGGCCAGUGCCGGCCAGCGUCAACGCGUCGGUGCCCUACGUGGAGCGACCCUUCGAACUCCGCCAAGACUACAUGGAGUUGCCGAGGAUCAGGGACAAGCCACCCUUCUACACGGCAUUCCCCAACAACAAGAAUUUUGAGGAGCUCAACGAGCAGCCCAUGCUGCCUUGCGGCCAUGUUUGAGCUCUCUGAGCUCUCUGAGCUCUCUGAGCUCUUUGCCCUUUUGGGCCAAAUGGGACGUGAAUACCACGACCUGGAUACUCUUUACACUCCCUUUGCUUUAAUUUACUAGUUCGGGUUCAACGUAUCUCGCGCCUGAUUCAGGCUAGCAGGUGAGACGGCUCCCUCGAUCUGGGACCUGGAAUGGCUUGCGGCACUUUCUUUGUCAGGCCUUUCCACCGCGCCUGCAGUAGCUCGGUCCAAGUUGCAUCUUCAAGUUGAUUGUCGCUCAAGAAGAGUGAUGG